AUGACUCGCCAAACCAUCACCAUCUGCCCCAAUUGGGACACGCAGGUCACCGUACACGAAUACGAAUCCUCGCGCGACCAAAGUAACAAACCAGUUCGGACGGUCUCAGAGACAGCAGUCUUUCAAGUCGAACGAGAAAGGUUGUCAACCACUGAGUAUUUCGCCACAAUGUUCCGAGGGCCAUGGAGAGAAUCGGAUGGUCAAGGUAUCACACUAGACGACGAUAACAUCAAGGCCAUGGAAAUACUGUUUCGCGGCGUACACCACACACUCAACACGACGACUUCUGAUGUGGUCCCAGUUGCAGCAAUAUGGCAUUUGAUCGGUGCCUCUGACAAGUAUCAGGUCGAGUUUCAAAAUGGGCCGUUGAAGGAUUGGCUGGUCUCAUUUUACAAGGCCAAACUCCUGUCUACCAAAUACACUGCCGACUACAUGCUUGAGCGAACUCUGCUUUAUCCCUUCUACGCAUUCGACUACGCGGAAGGUUUCCAGAAAAUUACUCAGACCUUGGCAUAUGGCAAUAGAGGCCAUAUUUCUGAAUCCAAUCCCACUGAUCGUUUCGUCUUACAUUUGCCUCCCAGGGUGAUGCAACAGUUGAACGCAGCCCGAGGCCGCCUUCGCAAUGUUCUUCACAACGGCCUGUUCGAACACGCUGCUAACAUGCUCCGUCGCGCCUCAUGCCAUUGUAAGGAAAAGACUUUUUUCGAAUAUUUCAAAGAGUUGGAAUCCAUCAAAGUCUGGCCCCUUGAGAACACUAUGAAGCAUCGCAGUAUCGACGAUAUCAUCGGCAAUCUUCGAAGAUUCAAUGCCGCGAAAGUCACCGCUCACCUGAACAAAGAGGAAUCAAAAGUUGCCGAUAACGGGGAUAGCCUAGAUACGUGCGUCAGUAUGUGCAUGUGCAGGGCGGUAGACUGGAAGACCAUAGUCUCGUCCACGGCAGACACCGUGGAUGGAUACUUUCACGGCUUAUGCCUAGAUUGCAUGAGCGUGACAAAGGCCCUGCAGGAGGGUCGUGACCCCGGCCACGAGUAUUGGCUGAGUGGUAGCCGCAUGAAAUGGGACUGCAACUGUCGGAUCAGGCAUGGUGAGCCGACUUGGUACUUCAGCUUUAUGGGUCGUCGGGACAAACGAGGGACCAUUGCCUAA